AAUAAUUAAUAAAUAUAAAAAGUCGACAAUUCCAAAGGAGACGAAGAAGCUUCUCAUUCUCACACGGCUCUCCAUUCCCCCCUUUUUGGGGUUUAACCCGAAACGAAAAGAUCUCACUUUUAUUUUCGUCUCAAUCGAGGGUUCAUAGGUUUUCCGAUCUCGGUUUUGGUAUUUUUCUCGGAUUUUUUUACUCAAAAUCCGUGUACUUAUCAUUUUCCGAAGUUGAUUUCAGAUUGGAUUUUUGGAUCAUUUAUUCUUUCGAUUCAUCUCAAUAAAAGUGGUCUUUGCUUGAUCGAUUGGGGAGAUGAUGAGGGGAAAACUAUGGAUUUCGAUUUGGAUUUCGUUUUUGUUGGGAUCGUGCAUGGGGAAAUUCAUGGUGGAGAAGAAUAGUUUGAGGGUGACCUCGCCCAAAUACCUGAAGGACGUGUACGAGAGCGCGAUUGGGAACUUUGGGAUUCCGCAGUAUGGUGGGACGAUGCUUGGUGUCGUGGUUUACCCUAAGGCGAAUCAGAAAGGGUGUAAGAGUUUUGAGGACUUCGAUCUCUCUUUCAAAUCAAAACCGGGGAGUUUGCCUACCUUUUUGCUCGUCGAUCGAGGAGACUGUUAUUUUACAACAAAAGCAUGGAAUGCGCAAAAUGCUGGAGCCGCUGCAAUCCUCGUUGCUGACGACAGGGUCGAACCUUUAAUAACAAUGGACACACCUGAGGAAGACAGUACGAGUGCAGACUAUGUACAAAACAUUACCAUCCCUUCAGCACUUAUAAAAAAAGACUUGGGCGAUAGCCUUAAGAAAGCUCAAGAGAAGGGCGAUAUGGUUAAUGUCUAUUUGGAUUGGAGGGAGUCUCUACCCCACCCAGAUGAGCGUGUAGAGUACGAAUUCUGGACUAACAGCAACGAUGAAUGUGGCCCUAAAUGUGACAUGCAAAUGGAAUUCGUGAAGAAUUUUAAAGGAGUAGCACAAAUACUUGAGAAAAAGAGUUACACCCAAUUCACUCCUCAUUACAUUACUUGGUACUGUCCAGAAGCUUUUAUUCUUAGCAAGCAGUGCAAAUCGCAGUGUAUCAACCAUGGGAGAUAUUGUGCGCCCGAUCCAGAACAGGAUUUUAGCACGGGGUAUGAUGGAAGAGAUGUUGUGAUUCAAAACCUGCGCCAGAUUUGCUUAUUUAAGGUCGCUAAUGAGAGUGGGAAACCAUGGUUGUGGUGGGAUUAUGUGACUGAUUUUGCAAUUAGAUGCCCGAUGAAGGAAAAGAAAUACACAAAGGAGUGUGCUGACAAAGUCAUUCAGUCACUGGGCUUGGAUUUAAAGCAGAUAGACAAAUGUAUUGGAGAUCCUGAAGCCGAUCAAGAAAAUCCAAUUCUUAAAGCUGAACAAGAUGCACAGGUUGGUCAAGGUUCUCGAGGUGAUGUGACUAUUUUACCAACCCUUAUUGUCAAUGACAGGCAAUACAGAGGUAAGCUGGACAAAACUGCAGUGCUCAAAGCGAUAUGUUCAGGCUUUGAGGAGACCACUGAACCAGCUGUUUGCUUGAGUGAAGACAUAGAAACAAAUGAAUGUUUGGAUAAUAAUGGAGGAUGCUGGCAAGACAAGGCUGCUAACGUUACGGCAUGCAAGGAUACUUUCCGAGGACGAGUAUGUGAGUGCCCUAUUGUGGAUGGUGUAAAGUUUUCUGGCGAUGGAUAUACCCAUUGUGCAGCCUCUGGAUCAGGCAGGUGUGCAAUCAACAACGGAGGAUGCUGGAAAUCUACCAGAGAUGGCACGUUAUAUUCAGCCUGCUUAAUUGGAGAGCCUGAGGGGUGCAAAUGUCCAGAGGGGUUCAAAGGCGACGGGGUUAACACAUGUGAAGAUGUUGAUGAGUGCAGAGAGAAGCUUGCUUGCCAAUGCAAAGACUGCAAGUGCAAGAAUACAUAUGGUAGUUAUGAGUGCAGCUGCGGUGGUGAUCUCUUAUACAUGAAAGAGCAUGACACUUGUAUUAGUAAAAAGCCUAUGUCACAGGUUGGCUGGGGUUUCCUGUGGGUUAUCUUCUUUGGCCUGGCUAUAGCUGGAGUUGGAGCUUAUGCAGUAUACAAAUAUCGGCUUCGGAGCUACAUGGAUUCAGAGAUCCGCGCCAUCAUGGCUCAAUACAUGCCCCUGGAUAACCAAGGAGAAGUGCCUACUCAUAAUUCGCAUCUUGAUAUUUGAAUAGAUACAGCUUCUCACACCGAAGAGCCUUCACGCUCUUCACAAAGGUCACUUCUAUUGCCACCCUUUGUAUGAGAGGAUUCUGUGUAUCUGUGAAUAUUUGAAUUCUCACCCUUACACCCUCCUAUUAUUUUACCUUUUUAAGUUUAGAAAUCUAUUGGGCAUUUAGUAAUACAAUACCAAUUUUCUUUCUAGUUAAAAACUGAUCCUUGUUUUUUUUGGGUUUUGUUUUAUCUAUAAACAUUUUUAACAUUGUUUCGGAAUUCUUGGACGGUAUAGCAGUGCAUGUACUCUGCUCAUGCACGGUGAUUUAACUAGUCACUUUCGAUUGCCU